UUUUCACGCCACAUCCUCUCGCUGGAAGUGAUUAGAUCCUGAGUAAUGAUGAUUAACUCAUCCUGGGCGGCUAUAAAAGCCUCUGACAUUCAGAGAGAGGCCACCGUCAAGUCCAAGAACCCCAGGAGUUAAGGCUUGUGUCACUGCUCUGCAGCCAUGAAGUUCUCCCUCGUCGCCGCUCUUCUCGUCGUGCUGGCUCUUGCCUACGGCUCUGAGGCCAGGGCACUGGUGAAACGUGAGGUCCAGGCCGAGGUGGACGGGAUCUCCCAGGUCCUCAAGGAGAUGUCCGCCAGAAUCAGCACCGUCACCCAGGACAUGGUGGAGAAGAUGAAGGCUCUGGAGAUGACCAACUCUGCCCAGACCUACAUGGAGGACAGCAGGGCUAAGAUCCAGCCUCUGGUGGAGAGGGUCCAGGCCGAGGCUACCAAGCUGCAGGAGCAGGUCAAGCCCUUCAUCUCCAACAUCGAGGAGCAAGUCCAGCCCCUGACGGACAAUUUCAACGCUCAGGUGCAGCCGCUGACGGACAUGAUGGAGAAGUUCCUCCAGCAGGUGAUGGAGCAGUCCAAGGCCCUGCUGCCACCCCAGUGAACAUCGGCAAACAUCUGUCCGACAGAAACAACACCCAGAAUGCACUGGAGCUUAGAAUAAAGACUAAAGACUGGUGGCUGUCGUGCUUUACUGUUUCGUUUCACAGAGAGAGGCUUAAACUCCGUCAUUAAAGGGAUUUGAAAGUCA